AUGGAAGCUAUUAAAGAAGCGCCCAUCCCGGCGAUGGACAGCUUGACCUCAGCCAUGAAAAACAACAUUGUCCCUAACCAAGAAUAUCUGUUACAAGGCAGUGUUCUGGAUUCAGCUGUCGAGGUCCUGUUACACAGGUUGCGAGGACUUUGCGACAACGUCGAUUCAGGACCUGAGACAUUCCAUGACCACGAAAUGUGUUUUAGCAUAAGGAGUGUAACGCCGCAACCGCUCACACUGAGAGUCAGGAGAGCGAUAGACUAUUUAGACAUGCCGUACCAGCUUCGUUACAUAGGACAGCCUGAACUAGGAGAUAAAUCUAGACCGACGAUCCUACGAAACAGUAUUGAUGUAGCCACUACGCCAACAAUAGUAGACUUCCUCACAGAAAUGGGAUUUCGCAUGGAUUUUGAAUACAUUUUACGUGGCUAUAUGUUCCGUAAAGGCAGAAUGAAGAUUACAGUGUCUAAAAUAUUUAAAAUGAUGGUAGUAGGUAAACCUGCUCCGGAGAGUGUCGAUCCAAUAUCACAAUCAUACCUAGUAGAGUUGAGUGUAUUGGCACCCAGUAAUCAAGAUGCUAUUGCCGAAGACAUGCGCGUAUUUGCAGAACAACUGAAGCCACUGGUGCACUUGGAAAAAGUUGAUUACAAACGAUUGACACAACCACCUUUGUAA